AUGGCGAAGCCGCCCCUCCCCGAGUGGCGACGCCUUCUUAAUCUCACUCGAGGCGGAAUCGGCAUCGGCAUCGUCAUCGGCAUCGUCGUCGGCAUCAGCGUCAGCAACAGCGUCGGCAUCAGCAUCAGCAACAGCAUCAGCAACAGCAUCGGCAACAGCAUCAGCAACAGCGUCGGCAUCAGCAUCAGCAUCAGCAACAGCGUCGGCAUCGGCGUCGAUACCACCCCCAAGCUUUUCUGUUUCUUCAUCCUCCGCCUCCUACCUGAAUCAUCUCGCGCCGCCAAGACAUGGCUGGAGGCUACGGCUUGCCUGACGGCGACCGCCAUGGGCAGGGAGGACCUUCAUCACGGCCUGGUCGGCGGGCAGCCUGCUCCUGACAGCAGCGGCCUCUGCCUGCUGCACGCGGGCGUUCCGCCGCACAUGGCCGGCCGCCAGUCGUCGGCCUCUGGAGGGCUUUUCCUGCCCCAGGCUCUGGACGCCGUCGACAGCAGCCUCCACGGCGGCAGCUUCAGCCCGGGCCAGAACCGCAUCGUCUCCAACGGCCUCGCGUUCCCCAGCGUGCUGCAGACCCUGCCCGGGGGGUACCAAGCUCGCCGUGACCCGUACAACCACCAGCCAGAUCCCGUCGUCCAUCAUCACUACACCAGCAACAACUCCCACCAGCCGCAGCCGCAGCCGCAGCCGCAGCCGCAGCCGCAGCCGCACCAGAGUGGUGGUAAACUGCCCUCGCGCAGCGUCAAUGUCGGCCCUUCCCAUCUUCUGUUCCAGGGCUACAGUCUGGAGCAGCUCAAGAUCCGCAUCGGCGGCCUAUCGGACCCCCACGAGCUUCAGAAAACCCAUAAGCGCGUCAUGAGGGCGCUGCAGCGGCCGAUGAUUGACCCCCCCGUCCUCCCCGAGAACACCAUCGGCGAAAUGGAUCCGAAGCAGGUGUUUCCAGACUACGUCAAGCUGGCCGACGACGCUUCGCGCGAGGAGCGCGCCGCCGCAGAGAUCAUCAACAACCGCAUCGCCGCCGAGUCGCAACGGGUGGACCGUGAGCGCAACAACGAGGCCGCCAAGAGAAGCCGCAGGCUCAAGAGCGAGAACCUGGACAACGCCAACCAGAGGCUGGUGGACAACGCCUUCCACAUAGCCUGGCUCGAGGCCGUGGUCAGUUCCCUGGGCGGCAUGCCCGAGACCUACUACACCAUCGACAGCGCCAUCGUGCAGAGCAUCCGCCACGCCAUCGCCCAGAGGCGAGACGCCUGCUACGAGCAGCGCAGGAAGGACAGGACCAAGAAGGAGACCAAGAAGCGCAGCCAGCGCCACAAAAACCGCACUCGUCAGAAGCGAGACCUCAACCAGCGGGCCGCCCGCCAGUACGCCGAGGCGGCUCAGGCGCAGGCCUUGUCUGCCGGUGCGCAUCUUGCCGGAUCGCCCCCUGCUGAUGCGGCUUCGGCUUCGGCUUCGGCUCCGGCUCCGCCUUGCGCUCGUCCUGCCGCAAGUCUUGAUGGCGGCACAGCUGCCGAGCACGAGCAGCUGGGUCCGAGCGAGACUUUUAUCUAUCUCGAGUCGGACCCCGACUGGGGGCCUGGAGAAUAA